AUGAUGUGCGAAGAAGGUGAUCCCUACGCGCUAGAGCUCUGUGAUGGUCUUGUGGAUGAUGCCAAAUUUGUGUUGGACCCGAUCGGGAUUGCGGCUGGCCUACGUCCUAAAGAGGCGAAUCAUGGACAAAAAUCAGAUCUGUAUAGCAACAGCGUCACGAAAUUUACCCAGAAUCACGUGGAAAAUCACCAUCAGAACCGGAAGAGGAACGUUAGUGCGCUCUCCAAAUUCAGCGAUGACAGCAUGAAGGCCGUCUUCUACGCCGGCAUGUUCCUUUACGGGUUCUGGGUGUUAUGGGGGAAGGACUGGCUGUGGGACUCCAGGCUCUGCUUCGUGGACUUCCCCUUCCAUGUGAGCUUUCUGGGAUUUGGAUCUGGUUGCGAGGUGGAUUUCGGGUGUAAAGAGGAGGGCGGUGCGGACUUGCCGAAGGACAUACAUUGGUAUUUCCUUGUGGAGAUGGGCUUCUACGUCUUCCUUCUAGAGUCCGAAUGCUUCGAAAGGAAGCUGAAUAAUGUAUGGGUGGAAUUCGUUCAUCACACCCUCACGCUGGUGCUGCUCUUCUUAUCCACUUGUAUUCAUGGGCAUCGCGUCGGGUCCAUCGUCUUGCUGCUGCACAAUGCAAAUCCUGUGUUCUUUUUGGGCGAAAAGGCGAUGAAAUACCUCUCGAAGCUGAACUGGAGCGUUGCCUUCUUCACGUCGUUCGCCAUCACCUUUCUAAUCACCCGGAUCAUCCUCUUCCCGUACCUCAUCCUCUUCCCGGCCGUGUUGGAGUACUUGGACCGUAUACCGAAGACGGAGACAGGGAUGAGCGGGGGGCUUCUCAUCGUGGUCCUGCUUUUCCUCCUCUUCGUGUUCCAACUCUACCGUAUGUACCUCAUCCUGGUCGUGGUGUCGGAUCUCUUCGCUAAAGGGGACUUCAAGAGUGUAGUUGGAGGACUGAAAGGAAAAGUGGUCUAUCUGCAAGAAACAGUUUCCCAAGCCUCAGAAGGAGAAAAUCACCACCUGGCUCUGUUAAUUAAGAAGUGGUGCAUGUAUUGGAUCUUGUUGGCCUGUUGA